AUUUAAAGAUUUUAGAUCAAAACGUGCAUUUAUUCAACAAUAAAACUGGAAAAAUUGUCAAAACGUAUCUAAAAUCCUGUGGAUUUUUUGAUAAUGUUUUAGAUCUUUCUAAUGUAUUAAAACCAAUCAAUGAUACUAUUAGAUGUCUUGAAAGUAAAACAGUUAAUUUGGCAGAAUGUUAUUUAGGAUAUAUUAAAUUAGCUGUUGCUAUUAAAAAUAUUUUUCAAGAUCAUCAUUUAAUGUUUUAUCGUACAUGCAUCUCAAUUUUUAAUGAAAGAUUUCAUAUAUUUGACUAUGAUGAGUUUCUAUUAGCAUAUUAUUUACAUCCUAAAUAUCAAGGUGAUUUAGAGAUACUAAAAGCACAAUUGCGUAAAUAUGCUUGCAAUGAAGAACCUUAUAAUAGAUCUUAUAUAUCAACUGUUGAUAGUCCAACUCGAUGGUGGAAAACUACUGGUGACGGUAUUAAAGAUAAAUUAGAAUUAACAGAAGAGGAAAUACAAACUGUUUUUCAAGAUGUCGCUUUGUUUUCUGAAGAUAUUGAGGAAGAGAGCAUAGAUGAUUUGGACGAAUCUGAUAAUUUUGAUGAUUCUGAAGUUGAACAUCAAAAUUUGGAAAUAGAAGACAAGGAACUAAAUAAUGAUGAAUUAGAAGAAUUUGAUAAAGACAAAUUUGGUGCAAAG